UUGGCGUUGUGAAACACUGUUUUGACAACAUUGGCGUUGGCUGGGCGCUUAAAAAAUUGAUUUUUCGCUUUAAUUAAGGCAGCAACUACGCUCACAACUGCAAUUCAAGUCGAAACGAAACAGAAAACAGCAAAGAUGACAACAUCGCAGGUUGACCAGAAGCGUGCACUGAACAAGCUAAAGCACGAUUUGGAGCCUUUUCGAACGGCUAUAGUGAGUGCCUAUGGCGUCCUCACCUGGGAGAAGAACUACUAUCCUGGCGUGGUGUUUGGUAGCAUAAGCAUCAUUUAUCUCGUGCUCUGGUUCAUGGAUCUAUCGGUCAUAACUAUGCUGUCGCUCCUGGCACUGCUGACUACCGUCUUGGAUUAUGUCUUCCCCACAAUUUCCCGCUUGCUCUUCAGUGGCGUCAAUUGGGAUGGAGACCACGAAGCCAAAUUCGAGGAAGUGUGCGGACAGAUGCACAGCAUCAAGGCAAACCUGGGCGUAUGGUAUGAGUAUCUGUUUAAGGAGCGCAAGUCGACGGUGUUCGUGAUCAUGAUAAGCGUGGUCCUCCUGGCCCUGGCUUGGAUUGGGGCCAUCGUCAACAAUCUUCUGUUGAUGUACAUUGGCACUCUUCUGAUUGCCAUGUGGCCUGGUCUGCAGGAGAAGGACGUCUUCAAGGGCAUCACACAGAAGGCCUCCAAGAUCAUCAACGAGAAAAUUCAAUGCGGCAAGCGGAAGCUGCAGUAGAGAGCUAAGCAUCGGCUCCUCGUCCCCUAUGCACCACACACAGCCAUCACAUAUGACCAAAUAUUAAACAAACCUAAGUCAUCAUCAAUUCGCCAUUACAUCACAUCACGCACAUCGCAAAACGCAUUUACAAAACAAACAUCUGUGGAACUGUGGAGCAUCGCAAGAACUAUUUAUAUCAUAAACGAUAAGCAAACCAUCUAUUGAAACUCUCGAACAGCCCAUCGUGGUGUUCGCCCCAUCACAAUUUAUAGUUUAGGUUCUUAAUGGCAUAGCAAAAGAUUGUCCGCUCGGUCAAGAGGAGAGAGGCGACCGAUGUGAGAAAUGGAAAGCGCAACAAAAGACAUUUUUGUGAUUAUUUUGUGAGUUAACUCAAAUUUAAUGAUAAUCCCGCGUAAGAUACAAAAGAAACCUAAGCGUCUAACUAUAUUUAAAUAAAGAAUUCAAA